GUGUAUCCACCUAUAUCAGUAUGUGAUUCAGUCUGACAGACUUUAAAGCUGAUCCAGAGACUCCAGUGAAACCUGCCUGCUGUCUGUUCUCUACUCAGUAGAUAAAAUGCAUUCUAACAAACCAUCACCACCACGUGCCAACCCCAUGACACCGUCCACCUUACAACAUACAAGAGCAGCCCCUGAACAUCACAAUGGUAACAGUACCUGUGAAAUGCCUGACAACAUAUUUAACAUUGUUAUGCUGGGACUAACGGGGACUGGAAAGAGUGCAUCAGCAAACACCAUCCUGGCUGCUGGGAACUCCCAGCGGAAUUCAAAAAAACACUUUCUAUCUAUGUCAAACUCCUUGCCGGUCACCACCCAGUGUAAGGUCAAAAUCGUAAAGAGGCUCUGCGGGACGCAGGUGAGAGUGGUUGACACUCCGGACUUCUUAAACGACCAACUCAAUAACUCCCAGGAACAGGUAGAGGAGUGUAAGAAGUACUGUCAGCCAGGUCGAUGCGUGGUGUUACUCGUGUUACAGCUGGGCCGGUUUACGGAUGUUGAGAAAGGAAUAUUGGAAAAGCUGGAAAAAAAGCUUGACUGGAAGAUCAGGGAGAGCACAAUCAUCCUGCUGACACACAAGGAGGACCUGAAAGAAAGUCUGACGAGCUUUAUUGAUGUGAAUGACGACCUCAAGAGCAUGGUUGAAAUGUGCGGCAGUCGUCUUCAUCUUUUUAAUAAUUCCUCCAACGACACUAAGCAAGUCAUAGAGCUCAUCAAAAAAAUUCCAAACUAUGAAAAAGUUUUCCCAAAGUUUACAGAAAGAAAUUGUUGUAUAUGUUAGCUUGGCUCUAUGUGUUGAUCAGUGCACUCCAAAUGUGCAAAUGACAUAGUGCUUAAAAAGAGUAUUCUACUGAUUAGCACAGCAUCAUCUGACUCACAAUGGACAAAAAGGAUUAAAAUCGUUGCAGAACCAUAGAUAACUUUUGAAUUCCAUAUAUAACCCACAAUGCAACUCUGCCGCCAACAGUUCAGUCGAGUCAGAUGCAGGUGUGUUUUGCUAGUAGCGGCUAAUGUAGCCUAGACCCACUAGCCUCAAGCAAAGAUGAGGAGUGGGCUAUCAUUUUCACAUUUGUAGUGUUCAGCCCUAAAAAUAAUUUAACAUUUGCUUAGCUCUUGCUGAAGAAACUAAAGGCAACUUUUUUCACAUAUGCAAUAAUACUCCCCAAGACCUGUAAACAGAUGUUCCUCUUUGAUUUCAAGUGCAUCUUUUAAAGUUGUGUUCACUACUGCCCACUAUUUUAUCAUAAUCAUUAUGCUACCUUUUUCGUCAGAGUACUAUUAUGUGUUGUUUUUGUUCAAUUUUAAAUUAACGUAUAUUACAUUACACAUACCAAUGUUUGGAGCAAGCGUACGCCUCCUGGGGAGGGUGGUGGAUGUUGUUACUGCUGCUACUGCUACUGGUGUGUAACUUGCAUCAGUUUAAAAAUGUACAUGUCAAAUGCCUGUCUAUAGUGAAUCUAGAAAAUAAUAAAUGCGGCGGUAAAAAUGAAAACAAAAACUGGAUGCAGGAUUCCAACAUGGCAUUCAGCUAAUUUCUGAAAAGUGAAAUUCUAGUGGAACAGAAUGUUUGUCAAUCUAGGAGAUUACAGAGUUUACAUAAGUCCAGAAAAGGAGUGUGGCCUGAUCGUGGGCCUGAUGAAUGACAUGUGGUCGUCAGAUGACGUGCUGUAUUGUGCCAUGAAGUCCGUCCUCCCAACUGUAUAAGUACUAGCAUGCUAAGAGAAUGGCUUCAGGUUCCUCUGCAGAGUAAACUCAGGUAUUUUGUUUGAAUAAAGAUCUUAAUUAUAGCACCAUCUCGGUCUCCUUGAAAAAUUCAUUGAUCAGUAUAGUCGGCAACUAUAAAAAUUCACAACACUGGAAAAGUAUUUUAAAACCUGCAUUGUUUCUAUUUACAUUAUUACUACAGAUUAAGUUUGUCUAAAGGUCUCAUUGUGGUAAUAAAGUGAACAAUAAAAUGUACUCAAUGCUCCA